CAAGCCUCUCACUCGACGCAGGCCGGUGCGAGGCCCCCUCCGGAAGGUGAGCGGGAUGGAUUGGACUUCGGCAGAGAACGCGGGUGUCUCGAAGUGGUGCUAAUGGGAAGCGAUUUCUGCUCCCCAAAGAAGAUGCGCUGCCACAAAGAGCGGCUUGCGCGCCGGCCUGGGCUCUAGCCCGGGAGACAUCCCGGGAGAACUCCGAGCUCGGAGCGCUCGGCGAAGACCCGGGCAACAUGCCUGUUCGCAGGGGGCAUGUGGCACCGCAAAACACCUUCCUGGGGACCAUCAUACGGAAAUUUGAAGGGCAGAAUAAAAAAUUUAUCAUUGCAAAUGCCAGAGUGCAGAACUGUGCCAUCAUCUACUGCAAUGAUGGCUUCUGUGAGAUGACGGGUUUCUCCAGGCCAGAUGUCAUGCAGAAGCCGUGUACCUGUGACUUUCUCCAUGGGCCUGAGACCAAGAGACAUGAUAUUGCCCAGAUUGCCCAAGCGCUGCUGGGGUCAGAGGAGAGGAAAGUGGAGGUUACCUACUAUCACAAGAAUGGUUCCACUUUUAUUUGUAACACACACAUAAUCCCAGUAAAGAACCAAGAGGGUGUGGCUAUGAUGUUCAUCAUUAAUUUUGAGUAUGUAACAGAUGAAGACAAUGCUGCCACUCCAGAGAGAGUCAACCCGAUAUUACCAGUCAAAACUGUAAACCGAAAACUUUUUGGGUUCAAAUUUCCUGGUCUGAGAGUUCUAACAUACAGAAAACAGUCCUUGCCCCAGGAAGAUCCGGAUGUGGUAGUCAUUGAUUCUUCUAAACACAGCGAUGACUCUGUGGCCAUGAAGCACUUUAAGUCUCCCACGAAAGAAAGUUGCAGUCCCUCUGAAGCAGAUGAUACGAAAGCCUUGAUACAGCCUAGCCAGUGUUCUCCCUUAGUGAACAUAUCAGGACCUCUGGACCAUUCCUCUCCCAAAAGACAAUGGGACCGCCUCUACCCUGACAUGCUGCAGUCAAGUUCCCAACUAACACACUCCAGGUCAAGGGAGAGCCUCUGUAGCAUACGGAGGGCAUCUUCAGUUCAUGAUAUAGAAGGGUUCAGCGUCCACCCCAAGAACAUAUUUAGAGAUCGACAUGCCAGUGAAGACAAUGGUCGAAAUGUCAAAGUUUCACGUUCCUGGAUGGCAGGGGGACCUUUUAAUCAUAUCAAGUCAAGCCUGCUGGGAUCCACGUCAGACUCAAACCUCAAUAAGUACAGUACCAUUAACAAGAUCCCGCAACUCACUCUGAAUUUCUCAGAAGUCAAAACGGAAAAAAAGAAUACAUCCCCUCCUUCUUCAGACAAAACUAUUAUUGCACCCAAGGUUAAAGAAAGGACACACAAUGUGACCGAGAAAGUGACCCAGGUUCUUUCUUUGGGAGCAGAUGUCUUGCCAGAAUAUAAGCUGCAGACGCCACGCAUCAACAAAUUUACAAUAUUGCACUACAGCCCUUUCAAAGCAGUCUGGGAUUGGCUCAUUUUACUCUUGGUCAUUUAUACUGCUAUAUUCACCCCCUACUCUGCAGCCUUUCUCCUCAAUGACAGAGAGGAGCAGAAAAGGCGCGAAUGUGGCUAUUCUUGUAGCCCUUUGAAUGUGGUAGACUUGAUUGUGGAUAUUAUGUUCAUUAUAGACAUUCUAAUAAACUUCAGAACAACCUAUGUAAAUCAGAAUGAAGAAGUGGUAAGUGAUCCUGCUAAAAUAGCAAUACACUACUUCAAAGGCUGGUUCCUGAUUGACAUGGUUGCAGCCAUCCCUUUUGACUUGCUGAUUUUUGGAUCAGGUUCUGAUGAGACAACGACACUAAUUGGACUUUUGAAGACUGCACGUCUCCUGCGUCUUGUGCGCGUAGCCAGGAAACUGGACCGAUACUCAGAAUAUGGUGCCGCCGUUCUAAUGCUCUUGAUGUGCAUAUUUGCCCUGAUUGCCCACUGGCUGGCUUGCAUCUGGUAUGCGAUUGGGAAUGUAGAGAGGCCCUAUCUGACUGACAAAAUUGGAUGGUUGGAUUCCUUAGGAACACAAAUUGGGAAACGUUACAAUGACAGUGACUCAAGUUCUGGACCGUCCAUUAAAGACAAAUACGUCACGGCACUUUAUUUUACCUUCAGCAGUCUAACCAGUGUAGGAUUUGGAAAUGUGUCUCCUAACACCAAUUCGGAGAAAAUCUUUUCCAUUUGUGUCAUGUUGAUUGGCUCUCUAAUGUAUGCGAGCAUUUUUGGGAAUGUUUCUGCAAUUAUUCAAAGACUGUACUCGGGAACUGCCAGGUACCACAUGCAGAUGCUGAGAGUGAAAGAGUUCAUUCGCUUCCACCAAAUCCCCAACCCUUUGAGGCAACGGCUUGAGGAGUAUUUCCAGCAUGCAUGGACUUACACUAACGGCAUAGACAUGAACAUGGUCUUAAAGGGAUUUCCAGAAUGUUUACAAGCUGACAUUUGCCUGCAUCUAAACCAGACUUUGCUACAAAACUGCAAAGCCUUUCGAGGAGCAAGUAAAGGCUGCCUUAGAGCUCUGGCAAUGAAGUUCAAAACCACCCACGCCCCUCCGGGAGACACCCUGGUUCACUGUGGGGAUGUCCUAACUGCACUGUAUUUCUUAUCCAGAGGCUCCAUUGAAAUCCUCAAGGAUGAUAUAGUGGUAGCUAUUCUUGGAAAAAAUGAUAUCUUUGGGGAAAUGGUUCAUCUUUAUGCCAAACCUGGCAAGUCUAAUGCAGAUGUGAGAGCACUUACAUACUGCGACCUGCAUAAGAUUCAGCGAGAAGACUUAUUAGAGGUCUUGGAUAUGUAUCCAGAGUUUUCUGAUCACUUUCUGACGAAUCUAGAACUGACUUUCAAUCUGAGACAUGAAAGUGCCAAGUCCCAAUCUGUAAAUGAUUCUGAAGGGGACACCGGUAAACUUCGAAGAAGGAGAUUGUCCUUUGAAAGUGAAGGCGAAAAAGAUUUUAGCAAAGAAAACAGUGCAAAUGACCCUGACGAUUCUAUAGAUACAAUAAGACGUUACCAGAGUUCCAAGAAGCACUUCGAAGAGAGGAAAAGCAGAUCAUCAUCGUUCAUCUCCUCCAUUGAUGACGAGCAAAAGCCACUCUUCUUGGGAACAGUGGAUUCUACUCCGAGAAUGGUGAAAGCCACCAGACUCCAUGGUGAAGAAACAAUGCCACACUCAGGAAGAAUUCACACAGAAAAAAGGAGUCACUCCUGCAGAGAUAUCACUGAUACACACAGCUGGGAAAGAGAGCCUGCCCGAGCUCAACCUGAAGAAUGUAGUCCCUCAGGACUUCAGAGAGCUGCCUGGGGUGUCUCUGAGACUGAGAGCGACCUCACCUAUGGGGAAGUGGAGCAAAGGUUAGAUUUACUUCAAGAGCAACUUAACAGACUUGAAUCCCAAAUGACAACAGACAUCCAGGCCAUCUUGCAGCUCCUGCAGAAACAAGCCACGGUAGUCCCUCCAGCCUACAGCAUGGUGACUGCAGGAGCAGAGUACCAGAGGCCCAUCCUCCGUCUGUUGAGAACCAGUCACCCCAGAGCAUCCAUUAAGACUGACCGGAGUUUCAGCCCCUCCUCACAGUGUCCUGAAUUUCUCGACCUUGAAAAAUCCAAACUCAAAUCCAAAGAAUCACUCUCAAGCGGAAGGCGCCUGAACACAGCUUCAGAAGACAACUUGACUUCACUUUUAAAACAAGACAGUGAUGUGACGUCAGAGCUUGACCCUCAGCAAAGAAAAACUUACCUUCAUCCCAUCCGGCAUCCAUCUCUGCCAGAGUCCUCCCUAAGCACUGUAGGGAUCUUGGGUCUCCAUAGGCAUGUUUCUGAUCCUGGUCUCCCAGGAAAGUAAUCCUUUUGUACUAUCUCCUCCACAUCCGAUGUAAGUGCUUUUAAUGGCUGUUUUCCUUUUUUGUAUUUAAAUCCUCUCUACUUGACUCAGGGGCUCACAAGGUACCAUUAUAUGCAAAAGUACUGUAUAUUUUUUCCUAAAUUGAAGCUUGUAAGGUAAUGUUGAGCAGUUAGGAUGUAAAUAUACAUAAGAGCUUUUUUGGUUCCAAAUGUUAAAACUGCCAGCAUCUCGAGGCACCUUGUUUUUUGAAUUUUAUUUUUCAAAUCAUGUGCAUGUUAGGGAACUCCAGUUUCUCUUGCAUGGAGACUCCUACUGACCGCUUUUACUGAUCCAGUGCUUCAUUAUGAAAAUGCCUUCCAAGCAAAUAACAAACCAAGGAAUAAAAGAGUUCAAGAGUACAACUCAGAUGAUCCUCAACUUACGGAAGGUCAGGGGGAUAAAGAGAAGUUAGUCGCUUUAGAGAGUGGACAUCCUUCUGUAUUGACAUUAGAGUUACUUACAUUCAAUUCCUUUGAUAAUAAAAAAAAAGAUGCAAGGUUUGAGUUAUACACAGCAGUCAGAAAGGGAACAAACUCCCAAAAUACCAAAAGAUAUAGUUUUUCCUCGAUACAUUUACAGGGACAGGUAUAUGAAAGGCAGACAGAGGUGGGUUUAGUAAACUUCAGGUCCCAUGGAUGACAACCCAUGUGAGGUUUCCACAGGAACCCAGGCCCUGGGUUCAUGUCCCUAGAAGACCUUCAUCAAGAGUUAUUCAUUUUGAUGAGAUGACAGCACAAAGCUGUCCCAAGCUUCCAAGGGUGAAGAAGUCAUGGGAAGCAGUUGCCUGCAGUCUCUGGCCCAGCGAGCAGUCUGGCAGGAAGGAGGAUCUAAACCUGCUUUUAGGCAGGCCAGAGGGAGAACAGAAAGAUCUUGUGGGAAUUUUGGCCCUGCUUUCGGACAGAUUGAGGAGGCCCAGUGCUCCCCCAAGCUUGUCUUCAGCUACACCAUCAUGAAUAGAGGAGAACGUUAGUGAGAGAAUAACACGGUCUCUCUAGUAAAUUCUGCAGUAGCUGCAUUCACUAACUACCUAAAAUAUUUAUAGUGCUACAUUUUUCCUGAGGGUUUAAAAGAAUGUGUGUUGGGCAUGGUCCUUAACAUGCCACUUACACAAAAUGACAUUCACAAUUUCUUCAGAUUUUUAUAUGUGAUAACAAUCAUGUAUUUGAUUAAACAGUAGACUCUCAUUUUUUUUUAAUGUGAAAUUUCAGAGUAUUUGUGUCAACAAAACUCUUUAAUUAAGAACAGGUUGCUUCCUUGCUUUAUUACGAUAGCUGUGGCACAUGGUGUUCAUUGACCCACCUAAAAUGAUUCUUGUUAAUUAAAAAUUAAGAGAAAAUCCGUUAUAUAUAAUUUAGGCAGAUUUUCUAAAUCAGAGGAAACAUAGUAGAAGCAUAUAUUCUAACAUUUUAGAAUGUUAGGUACUGGAGAUGGAUAUGUCAUUUGGACCAUAAAAUCAACAGAGAAAAAAAUAUAAUAUACAAUUCUGAUUGGCCAGACUCUAGUUAAAUAUUUUGAACUCAAUUAUAAUUUUAAAAAAUUUCAGACAUUGGCCUAUUGUUUCCUUUUCUUCUGGACAAACACUCAGAAAUCUUUUAAAGGCUUCUUAGGUUUUCUACUAAUUCUUCUGCUCCCAUAGACCUUUAGAUAGUAUUUUAUCUGUACAUUAUUAAAUAGAUGAAUUUUCCUUCACUUGGUCAAUGAACACUUUGACACUAACCUGUCAAUCCACUUCAAAGGCAAGCAGUUUUUUAAAUAUGUAUAAUAAUACUACUGUAUUUAAAAUGUGGUUAUAAAUUGACCUUAUAUUGUUCCAUAUAUAUUUUUAAGCAGUCACAGAAUUUGCUAGUCUGACCUGGAUGAGAAAGAAUUUAUACAUAGGGAAUGUUCUUAUUCUCACUUAAUUUAAGAGAAGUAAUCUUUUACAUACUUAUGGCAAAAGACAAGUCAAGUCAAAACUAUAGAAAAUUAGAAUGGGCUUCCCAGAUCGUUUGAUAUGGUACAGAUACAAAUGUAGGCUAAAGGCCACUUUCAACCAUUCAUUCAACAGACAUUUGAAUGAGGAGUCACAUACAAAGGAGCGGGUCCUAUAAGUAGUAAACAAUUUAGAUGUGGAUUUAGGGAUUGUAUUUUCAUAUAAGGGCACAUUUCUGCAGCUGCAACAAAUUUCCUAAAGGCUACUUUGCCUAAGUUCUGUGUAUUCAGAAUAAAUUCAUGAGAGCUUGCUCAUUUGUAAGGAGAGGGGAUUUGUCAGGUGAGGAAUAGCGGUCUAAUUGUUUGAUUAGUGAAUACUUCCACUGCAAUAUUGGGUAUGAUGUGCAUACAAUUCAGCCUGUUGAAAGCCUCAGUUUAUACUUCUUUGUAGAAACUGGGCAUGCAGGGAAGGGAAGAUGAUGGGUGGUAUACAAGCGUCUACCUGGUUUAAAUUGUAGCACAACACAAACCCAUUUCCUUCUUAAUUUUUCGACAUGUAGUAAAUUGUUUGCUGUUUAAAUUGUAAGUCUGGGGGGGGGGGUUGUGUAGGAAUAUAAACAGAUCUUUUUUUUGUUUUUCUAUAGAACAUUAGUUUUAAAAGUGCCCCAAGCAACAUAAAGAUAUACACAGUCAUAAAUGUCAGAUGAAAGAGUUUAACUGACUUAUGGGUAAUAAAAGCAAUUAACUUGAUUACAACAUACACCCUAAAAAUAGCUUUACAAUGGCAUUACCCUACCUAUCAUCUACAGCAAAAGCAAUCUGUCACCUCCACCUUGGAGUUUUGCCCAAGGCCAGGUCUAACUUUGCAGGAGGCAAACCUCAGCACAGUGAUUGCUUUCCUUGGAGGGAAUUAGAAGUAGCCAUGUAAUGCCUUUUGCUCUUAACCCAAAAUUAGUGUCUGGUCCCAUGUCGUUUAAAAAAAAUGCUAUCUUAAAGUUUAUUUGGAUGAGAUGUUCGCCUGCUGUUAUUAAUGGCAGGACGGAGAAUUGUCUCCAAGUCUCAUCAUUUUAUCCCAGAGGGGAGCCCCAUACUUUAAUUAGCUGAUGAGAAAACCAGGAAUAAAAAAAAAAAUAGAAGUGAUGUUUUUAAUAUAAUAGUCACUAAUUCGACAAACAGGGGAAUGCAGGGGGCCAAUUUGAGGCAGUGUAAAUUUCAAGUUUAUUCUAAUGGCCUGGUCGGUCAUGAGAUUUAAGUUUUAUAUUCUUGUUGUCAGGGAAGAGGCCAUACUGACAUUGGGAAGCAGGUGUAAUGUGUGCAUUUUAGAGCUCAAGACUGUGUGGGCUUGAACUUGUGCAAUGGCUCCAAAACACCUAGGAGAAAGCAUUUGUACCCAAAUGUGUUUUCAAAUCCUAACUUACACAUCAUAAAUAAGGAUAAAAUGUAUCACCUCUUUAGUCCAUACAAAAAAGUAAUACUAAGUAAUAUUGUUUUAUAGUCAGAAAAAAGCAAUUAAUUAGUCAGUUGUUAGAAAUGAACUAUAGCCAGGUAGUGGUGACAUAUGCCUUUAAUCUCAGCACUUGGGAGGCAGAGGCAGGCAGAUUUCUGCUUGCUCUAGGAGAGAGAG